CUUCAUUCCAACCUUCACCCCCGCUUGCACUCUUCCCUUGUCACUUGUUUCUCGCCAGCUCACUCACUCUCGAUGGCCCCGGCACUCAACCACCCCGCGGGCGUCACCUUUGUGGAAGACCAAGCAUUGAGCUCGAGCAGUGCCCAGACUGACGCCUCGAUCUACUAUGGUGGAGCCGAAUCAUUUUCGCGCUCGCGCACUUACAGCCAGUCGCACCUGCACGGAUACAACCCCAAGAUCGCCCCCGCGUUCGAGGAAGACUCGCACUACCGCAAGCGGCGCAUGUCGCACGACGAAAAGGGCUCCGCACCGCGCCGGUUCCUCAUCGACGUCGAGGAGACGAUCCGGGUCGUGCUCGAGCAGGAGGACACGGACGGCGACUUCCAGAUCAGCGUCACGGACGCCGGGCCCAAGAUGAUGGCGCUGGGGACGGCGACGAGCAACGGGUUCAAGACGUUCGACAUCCGCGGCACGUACAUGCUGUCGAACCUGCUCCAGGAGCUCGCGCUCGCGCGGGACCACAACCGCAAGCGGAUCGUGCUGGACGAGGCGCGCCUGACGGAGAACCCCGUCGACCGGCUCUCGCGCAUGAUCAAGAACUCGUUCUGGCACUCGCUCACGCGGCGCAUUGACGGGGACGGGCUCGAGAUUAUCACUGCGGACCCCAAGAACCGGACGGGGCGUGUCAACCCCAGGAUUUACGUGCCCCACGGGGAACCGGCUAUGGCGGAUUAUUACCGCAGGGUUGCGAGGGAGAAGCCGCACCUGAACCUUGACGUGCAGGUCCUGCCGGAGAAGCCUGAUGACCCCGCAUUCGUCAAGAGCCUAAACAACAAGCCGGGGAUCCUUGCGCUCGCGAUGAAGGAGGUGGACGGGACGCUCAAGGGCAUUCCGUUCAUUGUCCCGGGCGCCCGUUUCAAUGAGUUGUACAAUUGGGAUUCGUACUUCAUCACGCUCGGCCUGUUGGUUGACGGUCAGGUGUCGAUGGCUCAAGGCAUGGUCGACCACUUUAUCUUCGAAAUCAAGCACUACGGAAAAAUCCUCAAUGGCUCCCGGUCGUACUACCUAUGCCGGGCGCAACCACCCUUCCUUACUGACAUGGCACUUCAAAUCUACAACCAGCUCGACCGCUCGGAUCUCGCUGCCAACCGGGCAUGGCUGAAACGGGCAAUUCAAGCCGCUAUCAAGGAGUAUCAUUCGGUGUGGGUCGCCGAGCCCCGUAUGGAUCCCAAGACCGGACUUUCUCGUUUCCGACCGGACGGGCUUGGCAUCCCUCCGGAGACCGAGGCGACGCACUUCACGCACAUACUCGAGCCCUAUGCUGCCAAGCACGGCAUCUCGGUUUUGGAGUUCAGCGAGAAGUACAACGACGGAAUCCUGCACGAGCCGGAGCUGGACGAGUACUUCCUGCACGACCGCGCCGUGCGCGAGAGCGGGCACGACACGACGUACCGGUUCGAGAAGCGGUGCGCGAACCUGGGCACGAUCGAUCUGCAGGCGCUGCUGUACAAGUACGAGAUGGACAUCGGGACUGCGAUCCGCGAGGUGUUUGACGAUGAGCUCGAGAUGGAGGAGGACUUCCCGCUCGCGCCGUUCCCGGUGACGCCCGAAGCCUACGCGCGCCCGGAGAGCACGCGUCUGCGGAGCAAGACGCGUCCGCAGACGAGCGCCGAGUGGUUCGCGCGCGCGGAAUGGCGCAAGGGCGUCAUUGACAAGUAUCUGUGGAACGACAGCAAGAGCUUGUACUUUGACUACGACACAGAGAAGGAGGCCCAGAUCUUGUACGAGAGUGUCACGUCGUUCUGGGCGAUGUGGGCUGGUUGUGCGAGCGAAGAACAGGCCUGGCAGCUGAUGACCAAGUCCCUGAAGAAGUUCGAGGUGCUCGGUGGCUUGGUUCCUGGAACUGAGGAAUCACGCGGCAAGAUCUCCCUGGACAGGCCCAAUCGUCAGUGGGACUACCCUUAUGCGUGGCCGCCGCAUCAGAUCAUGGCAUGGGUCGGUCUGGAGCGUUACGGAUAUCUCGAAGAGGCUCAGCGUCUCGCAUACCGCUUCCUUUACAUGAUGACCACGUCAUUUGUCGACUUUAACGGCGUCGUCCCUGAGAAGUUUGACGCCGUCAAGCUGUCUCAUCUCGUUGACGCCGAGUACGGAAACCAGGGGAUUGACUUCAAGAUGGUGCCUCGGGAGGGCUUUGGGUGGAUGAACUCGGCCUACCAAGUCGGCCUGACGUUCCUGAGCUCGCACAUGCGGCGUGCGCUGUCGACGUGCACCUCGCCCGAGGUGUUCUUCCCCAGCAGCGCGGUCACUGCGACGAACAACCAGGGUGCGACGCACACCGGGAACCUGCCUGCGUCCGAUCCGCUGGGCCUUGCGAUGGAGGCUCUGUUCGUCUAGAAUGAUAACCACAACGUCAUCGUCGUCGUCGUCAAUCCUCUUACACUCACGUCCCUGCUGCUAUCAUACGCCUUGCUAAUCUGAUAUCUCUCGUAUCGUCGCGCGACUGCCCUAGAUAACUAAAAAAGCAUAGAUCCUACAUCCAUCCAUCCGUCCAUACUUGUACGUGUAAAUAGUCUGACCCACUGUGCACUAGUGAAUAGCCCCACCCGUACGGUACAUGUACAUAGCGCCAUCCGGAAUCUUGUUAGUUUUUCUGCGUUUUGUUUUGAAUCGUUCGUUGCUUUGACUGUUCGAUUCGCUCGUUUUAUGUAAGUACAUGAGUGGAUUGUAGGAUGUGCUCGAGGGUGAUGAACUGGGCUUUUGUC